AUGGCCACCUCCACCAUGUCUGUCUGCUCUGAUGCCCGCACCGAGUCCUCCUGGCAGGUGGACGACUGUCCAGAGAGCUACUGCGAGCCCUGCUGUGCCCCCUGCUGCGCCCCCAGCGACUGCCAGUCCAGCUGCUGUGCCCCAGCCCCCUGCCUGACCCUCGUCUGCACCCCAGUGAGCUGUGUGUCCAGCCCCUGCUGCCAAUCCACCUGCCCCAGCUCCUGCACACCAUGCUGUCAACAGUCCAGCUGCAGCUCCUCCCCCUGCCAGCAGUCCUGCUGUGUGCCCCUCUGCUGCAAGCCCAUCUGCUGCAGACCCUGCUCCAGCAUGUCUCUGCUCUGCCGCCCCCCCGUCUGCUGUGAGCCUGUCUGCUGUGGGUCUUCCUCAUCCUGCUGCCAGCAGUCCAGCUGCCAACCCUCCGGGUGCAGCUCCUCCCCCUGCGGCAGCUCCUCCCCCUGCUGUGUGACCCUCUGCUGCAAGCCCCUCUGCUGCAAGCCCGUCUGCUGUGAGCCUGUCUGCUGUGGGUCUUCCUCAUCCUGCUGCCAGCAGUCCAGCUGCCAGCCCUCCGGGUGCAGCUCCUCCCCCUGCGGCAGCGCCUCCCCCUGCUGUGUGACCCUCUGCUGCAAGCCCCUCUGCUGCAAGCCCGUCUGCUGCAGACCCUGCUCCAGCAUGUCCCUGCUCUGCCGCCCCGUGUGCAGACCCGCCUGCUGCGUGCCCGCCUCCUCCUGCUGUGCCUCCUCCUGCCAGCCCAGCUGCUGCCGCGGGUCCUCCUCCGUGUCCCUGCUCUGCCGCCCGGCCUGCUCCAGCCAGGCCUGGUGA